AUGUAUGACACCCCCCAUCAAGGCCAGACAUAUAUUGACAUUCUCAGGGCAAACAGAAGACAACAAGCACGAGCUAUUCGGGGCCCACAAUCUGCCCUGACAGAUUUCCUGGCGUCCAACAAUAUCUCCGCACGGCAGAUUCAAGAUGACUACGCCAACCGCCAGGCGGAGGCAGCGCGCCAAGCCAACGAGACACAGCGUCAGUCGGUGGAUGCUGAACAAGCCAGAUCCCCGUCAGAGCCCAAUUCACCGGAAGACUUGAUCAAAAAGCGGAAGCGACAGCAAGCCAUUGCAAGAAUCAAAAACAGCAAGGAGUUUGCAAAGCGCAAGGCUCGUCUUAAUGGGAACGAUGACCCGGAUUAUGAUGAUGAGGACCUGGCAAAUCAGAUCCACGAAGAACGACAGCGACCACAGCCCGGCCAGUUGGCAAAUUGUGAAAUUUGCGAGAAGCGUUUCACCGUGACCCCCUAUAGUAAGGCGGGCCCAGCUGGAGGCUUGCUCUGCCCGGACUGCUCGAAGAAGCAUAAGGCAGAUGAGAAGAAACCCCCGGCCAAAAAACGAGCCACAGGCAACAUCGGUCGUCGACAAAAUCAGGCCAACUUGCUCGAUGGCCUGACUCCUCAUGGCACCCAGAGUCUAUUAGAGACCUGUAUUAAGAAAGUUGCAGAUUACAUUCAUGACGUGGAAGACUUCGGAGACCUUCCUCCUUCUCUGCUAUUACGUUUGGGGCAGAUCUUGUCUCGACGACGAGCCGUGACCCCGAAGACAUUGGAUUUAUUCCUUCGGCCUCAAUACAGAUCGAUAGACCUGUUUGACUGUGCCAAACUUGACACGGAUGAUUUCCAUAAAAUUCUUGCAUCGAUGCCGCAUCUAACCAGGGUCAAUCUUCGAUUCACCACUCCACUGAAGGACGAGAUAAUACAAUACAUGGUGGACCGUGAUAUGCAAAUCAAGGAUCUUCAUCUUGAUGGACCAAAUCUGGUGACUGAUGCCUGCUGGCGUCUUUUGUUCAUGAAGCUUGGUCAUCGAUUCCUGAGCCUCAAGCUUUGGAACCUGAACUCGGCCUUUGAUGACGAAACCACCCAAGUGAUGUGCACGCAUUGCCCCAAUCUACAACGACUGAAACUCAAAUUUCUCCAUCGGACCGGCAAUGGAACACUCGAGGCAAUUUCGACCCUCCAAUCUCUUGAGCAUCUCUCGUUGCACUACCUGAAAGAGACGGAGAUUGAUCCCAAGCAUCUGUUGACCAUCGUUGAUAAUGUCGGCCCUCGGCUGAAGACACUGUCGCUCGAAGAGUUUGAGUUCGCCGAUGAUAGCCUCCUUCAACUGAUUCACGAGAAGUGUCAUUCCCUCGUUAAGCUCCGUCUCUCCAAGAACUUCACCUUCACUGACAAAGGUCUGGCCGCCAUGUUCACAAACUGGCCUAAUAAGGCCCUGACUUACGUGGAUAUGAACUCUCUUCGAGAUGUGGAUAUGACCAAUCCCAAUGGUCCAGAGGAGCCCAUUGGGCUCGCGUCAUCUGGGUUUGUGGCAUUGAUGGAGCACUCAGGGGGGAAGAUCCAGCACUUGAACGUGGCCUCCUGCCGGCAUAUCCCAUACCAGGCGUUUGAGCAGGUCUUUGCCGAGGGUAAGGUUUAUCCCGAGCUCAAAUAUCUCGAUAUCUCGUUCUGCCCGGCGGUUGACGAUUACAUUACGAUGAGUAUUUUCCGAUGCUGCCCAGCCCUCCAGAGACUGGUCGUCUUUGCUUGUUUCAAUGUUCGCGACAUUCACAUUCCGAGAGGGCUUGCUGUCAUCGGUACUGUGGGUGCUACCGUCAAAAUUGAUGGAGUUGCUCAAACGGAGACUGUCUAA